CGCGGAUGGAGCCGCCGUGCCCGGCUUGAGCGCCUCGGCGGGACCAGGAGCCGCUCCGCCGAGCUCGGGCGGGCGGGCGCAGCAUGGUGGAGUAUAUUGUGGAGUAUGACUAUGAUGCAGUGCAUGAUGAUGAGCUAACCAUCCGAGUUGGGGAAAUCAUCAGGAAUGUGAAAAAACUGGAAGAAGAAGGAUGGCUGGAAGGGGAGCUGAAUGGCAAGCGGGGCAUGUUCCCAGAUAACUUUGUGAAGGAAGUUAAGAAAGAAGAGCCCAAGGAUGAUGCCCUGCCACUCAGAAGGGAGAAAUCUGGCAAUGUAGCAAGCCUUGUGCAGCGUAUUUGCACCUAUGGGCUUCCAGCAGGAGGAAUUCAGCCUCAUCCGCCGUCCAAAAGCUUCAAGAAGAAGCCCAAGAAGCGGCAGUGCAAAGUGCUCUUCGAGUACCUCCCGCAGAACGAAGAUGAGCUGGAGCUCAAGGUGGGGGAUGUGAUUGACGUCAGUGAGGAGGUAGAGGAAGGCUGGUGGAGCGGAACACUGAACGGCAAGUCGGGGUUGUUUCCUUCUAACUUUGUGAAAGAGCUGGAAUUGGCAGAUGACGGAGAAACACAGGAUGCUCUGGAUGAUGCAGAGCCUGUUUUCAGUGGUCCUACCUCACCUGUGGCCUCUCCCGGGAAUGAAAAUGAGCCUGGAUCUGGACCAGCACAGCCAAAGAAAAUUCGAGGCGUUGGGUUUGGAGAUAUCUUUAAAGAAGGCUCAGUUAAGCUUAAGACAAGAUUAUCCAGUAAUGAAUCAGAGGAUAAAAAGCAAGAUAAGCCAUCACCUAACCAUCCUCCUGGCUCAAAGCUCGCUCAUUUUCCUCGCGUAGCAAAAAUGGAAAACUCGUCAGAAGCACCGAAGUCAGAAGCUGAAGGCAAACCAAAAGCCAAGGAGUAUUGCAGGACAAUAUUUCCCCAUGAAGGUGUAAAUGAUGAACUGAGUUUUAAAGAAGGAGAGAUUAUUCAAAUUAUCAGUAAGGACACUGGAGAGCCAGGCUGGUGGAGAGGAGAACUCAAUGGUAAAGAAGGAGUCUUCCCUGAUAAUUUUGCUGUUCAAAUACAAGAAUUUGAUAAAGACUUCCCUAAGCCAAAGAAACCUCCACCUCCAGUUAAAACUCCAGCACCCAAGCCUGAAUUGCCCACUGGAGAGAAGAAAUUCCCUCUGAGGUCUGAAGAAAAAGAUGAAAAAGGAGCUUUGGAUCAGAAGCCUUUGAAGCCACAUGCUCCUCAAGUACCACCCAAGAAACCCAUUCCUCCAAGCAAGUCUAACAGCUUACUGAGAGCGGGGAUUCUGCAACUAAAACGUCCAGAAAAGCCUGUUUUGCCAUCAUCCGUAUCCAAAUCUAAUGGAGAAGUUGUUCAUCUUCGACCAAAAUCUGAAAUCGAGCCAGUAGCAAAACCAAAGUUGGACUCUGAACAGUUACCAGCGAGACCAAAAUCAGUAGAGGUAGAUUCACUUGUGAUAAAGAGCUCUCGAGAAUCAGAUCUGCUAAGCUUUGAUGAUGUAAUAGCUACCUCAGACAACCUGUCGCAUCCCACCGCCAGUCGGCCCAAGAUGCCCGGCCGCAGGCUGCCCACGCGCUUCCACUGCGGCAGUGCUGCGAGUCAAAAUGACAGUCCAGAAAAAAAUUUGAAGGUGCAGAAGGAAGAAGAAGAAAGUGCCAAACCAAAGCCAGUUGAAAUGAGAAAGCCAUCUGUGAUGAGUUCAUCAGUUCCAUCUUCAUCUCAGAGACCAAGUUCUGUCAUCCUCAACUUUUUUCCUGGAGAAACCCAACCUAAAGUUGAAACUGAUAAUUCACAGGCUUCUGUGGAAGAGCUCAGGGCUCAGAUUCAUGAUUUGAUGAAUUUAGUAGAUGCACUGAGAAAAGAACACGGGAGAGAACUGGAAAAACUAAAGAAGGAUUUGGAAGAAGAAAAGCUGAUGCGAAGUAAUCUGGAGCUUGAAAUAGAAAAACUGAAGAAAGCAGUGAUGUCUACAUGAUGCGCCCAUGGACUGGAUGUCUUCAACUUGCCAGGAAUGCAAAGCUGAACACGAGUAGAACUGACUCCCUUAUUUCUCAUUAUGGAUGCUGGAGUUCUACAGUCUUAAGGAAAUAUAGUGCAACAAAGGAAUAUAGUCUUUUAUUCAGAGAUAAAAAACAAAAGAGAAAAAUGGUGUAAUUUUCUUGCCAAUAUAAAAGAGGCCUUAUUUCUUACUGUGCUGGAAUUGCAGACCUUUAUUUUUUUGGUUUGCUUGACAAUACUACUGAAUCUGUAUAAAGAGGAGAGGGAAUUCUUAAUAGAUUUUUAUUGAAUAUCUGUAGCUUAAUUUUUAAAGAGAUCUAUGCUAUAAAUAGGGUGAUCUAUCUUCACAAGUAAUCUGUAAAACAGUCCCUUGGGAGGGACAGAUAGCUGCAUGGGAAUUGGAGUCACUGUUUUCCCCCCCGCGUGCGAAAGGGCAGAGAUGCUGUUUGCAGAGAUGCUGUUUGCAGAGAUGCUGUUUGCAGAGAUGCU